AGCAGACUGGGAUGGGGGUUGAGGAGACAUGGAUGGGGCAAGAUGAAGAGAGGGAAAGGGUGGUCUGAAGUAUGGGGUGGCUAGAGGGCUUUCAGGCAAGAGCCCAGACCUGCAGACCCAGCUGCCAUUGCUUUGGAUCACCAGACAGGCUGACACAGCCAUGCCAGGAAUCCCCCACUGAGGCCAACAGUUGGGCCAAGGUCAGGCCUCCCUUUCCUUCCCAGAACCACAGCUGCUGCUGGGCCUCUGGGCUCCUGGGAGAUCCAGCAGGAGGGAAGGACUGAGGUCAUGCAGUGGGAAUGAGGUCACCCUGCUGCUUUGAUCCUAUGGGCCCCCAAAUCCCUCAGCACCCACCCAGCAGGUUCUGGCUUGUCCAUCCUCUCUCCCCAAGUACUUCGCUGUAACCAGAUGCCGGUGGAGUGCUGAGUGACCACCAGGUGGCACCCUGUGGCAAGAGAGUGAGGGGCAGAGGAGUUGGAGGCUGGGCUAGCCUCCGUUCCUGGAAUAGGCCAGGAGGGAGGAGAAGCGAGCGGAAGGAAGACGGUGUGUGGCUGGCCAGCCAGCCCAGGAGACCGCCUCCCCAGUGGCCAGUUUGGGCGCCCUGGGACAGUGGCUGCAGGUAGGCAGAGGUGAUACCAGGGUUCAGGCAGCCUUUCCCUGGUUUGAGCCCUUCCCUUGGUCCUGGGCUUUCCCACCUUCCUAUACUUUCUCCUUUCCUCCCCUUCCCACAAUGCCCUGUCUCCCCACCCUUCUUUUUUGUCCCCAAACCUCUCCCCAUCCACCUCAAUCCCUUACCCUUUCUGUGUCCCAGGCCCUUACUCUUUUAGUAACUCAGCAGUUAACAGGAUCAGAGGGCAGGUAGCCUGGCUGCUACCCCCACCACUGCAGCCUCCAGGAGCAGCUCUGCCUCCCCACCCUCUGUCAUGGAGCUCUGGUUCACUAGGGUGCCAGGCCCCUUCUAAGAGUAAUGAAUAACCGGGGCAGGUAGCAGCAGGCAACUCAGAUGAGCCAAGGUUUCUCCCCACAGCUGGGCAUGGCAGAAUCUGCACAGGCCCCGAAGCUGGUGUACCUGGUCACAGGUGGCUGUGGCUUCCUGGGGGAGCAUGUGGUGCGAAUGCUGCUGGAGCGGGAGCCGAGGCUCCAGGAGCUGCGGAUCUUUGACCUGCACCUGAGUCCCUGGAUAGAAGAGCUGAAGACAGGGCCCGUGCAGGUGACUGCCAUCCAGGGGGAUGUGACGCAGGCCCAGGAGGUGGCAGCAGCUGUGGCUGGAGCCCAUGUGGUCAUCCAUACAGCUGGGCUGGUGGAUGUAUUUGGAAGGGCCAGUCCAGAGACCAUCCACAAGGUCAACGUGCGGGGCACACAGAAUGUGAUCGAGGCUUGUGUACAGACUGGAACUCAGUUCCUGGUGUACACAAGCAGCAUGGAAGUUGUGGGACCUAACAUCAAAGGACACCCCUUUUACAGGGGCAAUGAGGACACCCCAUAUGAGGCAGUACACAAGCAUCCCUAUCCUUGCAGCAAAGCCCUAGCUGAGCGCCUGGUCCUGGAGGCCAAUGGAAGGAAGGUCCGAGGGGGGCUGCCUCUGGUGACUUGUGCCCUGCGUCCCACCGGUAUCUAUGGUGAAGGCCAUCAGAUCAUGAGAGAUUUCUACCGCCAGGGUCUGCGCCUUGGGGGUCGGCUCUUCCGGGCCAUCCCAGCCUCUGUGGAGCAUGGUCGGGUCUAUGUGGGCAAUGUGGCCUGGAUGCAUGUGCUGGUGGCCCGGGAGCUGGAGCAGCAGGCAGCACUCAUAGGCGGCCAAGUGUACUUCUGCUAUGACAAGUCACCCUAUAAGAGCUAUGAAGACUUCAACAUGGAGUUCCUGGGCCCCUGUGGAUUGCGUCUGGUGGGCACCCGCCCACUGCUGCCCUACUGGCUGCUAGUGCUUCUAGCUGCCCUCAAUGCCCUGCUGCAAUGGUUGCUGCGCCCACUGGUACUCUACGCACCCCUGCUGAACCCCUACACACUGGCUGUGGCCAACACUACCUUCACUGUCAGCACCAACAAGGCACAGCGCCAUUUUGGCUAUGAGCCCCUGUUCUCAUGGGAGGACAGCAGAACCCGCACCAUUCUCUGGGUGCAGGCCAUGGAAGGUACAGCCCAGUGAUGGUGGGGCUGGGGCCUGGGGCCAUCAUGGCCUCGAGCCCUCACACCCUGGAUGGGAUGGAAUGGCUGGAUUUCAGAGCUGAAAGCUCUGGUGCCAUCUAGCUAUCCCAGAGCCCUCCACAUUUUAUGGCCACAAACUCUUGAGUCUGGAUUGUGUUCUUAUGCUUGGUUCCAAGUUCCAGGGCAGGGUUUUCUUCACUCUCAACCCAGGCCUGCUGGAUGUUUAGCAAAAAACUGAUUUCCAGAUGUUCUCACUAUGCCAUCCUACUUCUGAUUCUCAAGCAUGAAGUGGCCAAGGUUCUAAAGACUGACACCCAAGUACCUCUGGACUAGGUUCAGAUUGAAGAGACUUCUCUGGUUUCUCCCUCCACCUCUGUCCUCAGGGCAUUAUCUUCCCAUUAUUUAAAAUGAUAUAUCACCUUUAGACAUUUUCUUAAUUCCCCUCAAUGAAAGCUGAGAAAAUCAGUGUUUUUUCACUUCUUAUCCCUCCUCCCAAAUCGAGAUCCUGCAAUAUUAUUAGCUCUUUGCCUGAGGAUGUCUCAGUAAUGCUGUACCUUGCCAAGCCCUGUAUUAAAAUCCUUUUCCAAGCCUG